AUGGUCCUUAAUGUUGUGCAAGAUGUCAAGAAGAAUCCUGAUUCUACGAAUAUCGAAAUUUUAUUAAAAGAACUAACAAUUGAUGAAUUAGAUUUAGAGACCAUAAUGGUCUUAAUCACCGUUGUGGUGCCUGUAUAUUCUUCUUUACAUAUCAGGGAGCAACAGAAAUUAAUGGUGCUUAUUUCUAAAUCAUUUACGUUUUUAGCUCAAUUGGUAAGUUUUGGUAAUACAAUUGAUGUGAUAAACCCUGAAAGAAAUUUAUUUGUGAAUUUAUUAAUUGAGUUACUAAUAAAGUAUCCAAAUUGUCUUUACAAUUAUUCUAUUGAUGCAAUCAAUUCAAAGGAAAAGAGAAAUUUCAUCAUUUCAAUGCUUUUUGGAAGUAAAUUAUUCAAUUUUAUUUCCAAGAAGGUAGAUAUUGUCGAUUACUUAAAUAUACUAUCGACUCAACUUAAAUAUAUUUUAGAAAACGAUUCAAAUAAAUUGAUAGAGUCACCUUGUUUUGGACAUUAUCUAGUUGCAUUUUUUUCUUUAAAUCCAAUUCUAGGAUUAGAUAUUCUAAUACAGGAUUUAUUUUUAAGUGAAGAAACAUAUUUUGAAUUGUUCAUCAAGAUUGUCAACAACUCUACAAGAUUGGAUCAAAAGAGAAUUGUGGGAAAAUUUUUAAUAUCAUAUCUUGAUUCAAAAACCCACAGUGGUAAUUAUUUAGAAGUUGCUAAAAUUUUAGAAAAAUUCAACUUGCAUAAAGUAAUUGACCUCCAAUUACUUCUUAGUUUGAAAUCAACGGCAUUACAAGAAACAAUUAUUAAACUAUUACCAGUAGUAUUAAUAAUAUCGUUCUCAACUGGAUUAUUAGAAAGAUUUGACGCACUAGAUGAAUCAAAUGAUGAAAGUAUAUGCCAACUCUUUACAAUUCUUUUAAAAGUAAAAUUAGAUUCAAACCAGAGGGAUAAAAUUGCAAAUGGCUCUAAAUUUUUAAAUGCAGUCACAAAACGUUUAGGACACCAAGAUAGGUUGAUCAGAGAAAGAACAAUGUACAUUGCAAAACUGGUUUCAAACAAUCAAUUACAGUAUGAAAGUGACUUCAUAAUCGAUAUACCUGAUCUAUCGUUUGAUGAUGUCCAAAAUUCCAUUGAUUUUACGAAAUUGAACUCCAAUGUGAAUAAAGAGAAAAUUGAUUUUGAAUUAGUACCAAGAACUGCCGAUCAGUUCAAACAAAUGUCACUUGAAUUUGAUAGUGAUGAUGAUGAUGAAGAUGAAAUAGAUGGCAGAAUUAGAUUUGUAUUCUUAAAGGAUAUUGUACAAGAGUUUGAAAAAAUUGAUAAAACAAAGAGGGAAAACCUUGUAGAAUUAUUACAAAUAGUUGUGAAAUUAGUAAGGCAAAAGAAAGACUUUGAGAUGGAAGUUAAUUUUUAUGCUCCUUCAUUGCUCGCAAAUGUUGCAUGUUUAAAUAACAAUUUCGAUGAGAAAAAAUUCGAAGAAUGGAGAAUUAACGCAAUGGUCAGCAUCAUAGUUACGUCUCCAGAUAAUAUUAAAGAAUUAUUCAAUCUUUUAUUUACAAAGGAAUUAUCUUUACAACAAAGAAUGUCAAUUGUAUCUAGUAUUGGAUUGGCUUCAAGAGAAUUAAGAGGUUUCGAUGAUCCAUAUGUCGCAAAGCCGGAGUAUGAUUUCCCAACAAGCAAAUUACCUUGGCAUACGAAUUAUGAAAUGAAUGUAAUCGAAGAUAUAACUAAAGAUUCACAGCAAAUUAUCAAAGAGAAAGAAACAACUUGGAGGUCUCAGAAACUAAAUAAAUCUAAGAUUAAACCAAAUAGAAAUAGGUUUCAAAAAUAUGCAAGAUCAUUUUUUUAUCCAUUAACAAACGGCUGGCUAAAUGGUAUUGAUAUGGGAAGUUUUGAUGUAUUGUUUAAGAUUCAUUAUUUUUCAACAGUCCAAAUGGUUUAUCAUUGUGCAUUCCCUGUUUAUGACUAUGAAAAUAUGACAUAUAUGUUUAACAAUAUAGUGGAAGAUGCAUUAAAGCAGAACUUGCCAAUUGAAAAAUAUCUGAUUCUAAAUUCACAAAAUCCAAAAGAAUAA